AUGCGCUUGAAUCGAUUGAUCGAUCAUCGAUCGACAAUAUUAGCCGAUGAAAUGCAAUCUGAAAUUUCAUCAAUGUCAGAUGGUUUGGGUAAUUUCGAACGAUUGCAACAAUUAGCGCAAUUACCAAUUAUUACACUUUCGAAAAAUGUUAGAGCACAGGAUUGGAAGUCAAUUCCGACUUUUUCUUCAGCUAUACCUUCUCCUUUAUCAUCAUCAUCACUGUCAUCCUUAUCAUCCUUAUCAUCAUUAUCAUCAUUAUCAGCAACAACAACAGCAACAACAUCAUUCUAUUCAAUUCAACAACUGCUCAGUUUGCAAUAUUUACUUAUCGCUUAUGCGUUCAUUUCAUUUGCUUAUUCCAUUCUGCUAGUUUUGAUGUUAAUUUCAUAUGUUCAACUUAUUCAGCUACAGUAA